AUGGCCACCAAUGGGGACCUCGGUUCCCGGUGGGAUGACACCAGGCAGCUUGGCCAGCUGUUUAUGAUGGGCUUCGACGGUGCUUCUGUUACUGAUCAAGUCAAGACUCUCAUCGAAAAGUAUCACGUAGGCUCUAUAUUACUCAAAGCUCAGAAUCUCAAAUCUGCUGAACAGGCGACAAAACUCAUCCUCGACCUGCAGACUUUGGCUCGCCAGGCAGGCCAUCCCGUUCCCCUGCUCAUCGCCUUGGACCAGGAGAACGGAGGUGUCAACAGUCUUUACGAUGAAACUCAUAUCCGCCAGUUCCCCAGUGCCAUGGGUGUCGCCGCCACAGGCAAUAAGCGACUUGCCAAAGAAAUUGCACGCGCGACAGCCCAGGAAUUACACGCCUGUGGCAUCAAUUGGAUUCUCGGCCCCGUCCUCGAUGUCCUCACAAAUGCGCGCAAUCAACCUCUCGGUGUGAGGUCCAUUGGUGUCGAUCCCCAGGAAGUCUCGGCAUACGGUCUCGAGUGUAUCAAAGGCUAUCAAGAGGGUGGCCUCGCCACCUGUGGUAAACACUUUCCUUCUUACGGCAACCUUGAAUUCUUUGGAGUCCCUGAUGAUGUCCCCACCAUCACUGAUUCCCUCGAAAACCUCAGCCAAAGUGCUCUAGUCCCAUUUCAAACCGCCAUAUCACACGGGCUAGAUGCCAUGAUGGUCGGUGGUGUUGCAAUGGCAUCGACUCAACUUAAUGUCAUGCAUGCCUGUCUGUCCGAGCAGAUUGUCCGAGAUCUUCUGCGCAACGAGAUGCACUUUGACGGAGUGGUCGUCUCUGAGUGUCUUGAGAUGGAGGCUCUUAGUCGGAAUAUUGGUAUCAGCAAUGGAACCCUCAUGGCUUUCAAAGCAGGCUGUGAUUUGAUUCUCACAUGCAGAACACUAUCUGUGCAAGAAGACGCUAUCAACGGACUCAAGCUGGCUAUCGAAAACUGCACCAUCGAUGGCCUUCGCAUCAAAGAAUCGCUCCAAAGAGUUCUCAAAAUGAAAGCCCGAUACACCUCUUGGGAAAAGGCCUUUUCUCCUCCCGGUAUCGAGAAGUUGAACCGGCUACGACCAAUACACACUAGCCUCUCGACUGCUGCAUAUGGCAAAUCCAUCAGCGUCGUUCGAGAUGAUAAUCAAUAUCUCCCCCUCACACGCGUCAUCAACCCCGAAGAAGAGCUACUCUUAUUAACCCCACUCGUCAAACCUCUGCCCGCCUCUGCCUUGUUCCACCAUAUCCAGGAAGAGUAUUCAGCACUUUCCUCCUUCACCGCCCGAAGUCCAAGUGUAGAUACAAAUACUUCCGUCAUGAGUGGUGAACAGGUCUUCCGAGAGCUGGGCAAGAACAUGGCAAAGUAUCGAAGGGGCAAGUUAUCACACACUUCAUAUACGGCCAAUGGAGUCCGACCAUUGCACGAGAAUCUGUUGAGCAGAGCAGGCGCCGUCGUCAUUGUCACUGCAGACGCUGGACGCAACAAGUACCAGAACGCAUUUGCAAAGCACAUCUCCAUGCUGUGCAAGCUGGCUGUCGGUCCAAACGGAGCCCCCAAACCCAAACCCUGCGUUGUUGUCGCUGUCAGCUCACCAUUUGAUUUCGCAUCCGACUCCGCGAUUGGAACCUACGUGUGCACAUACGACUUCACAGACACCGCUCUGCUUGCACUCGUCAAGGUCCUCUAUGGCGAGCUCAGUUCUGCUGGUACUCUUCCGGGCUCACUCGUCCAGAAACCUCAGACAUCCCAUUCGCGCCAACACUGGCUCGUUGAGGGCUUCAAUGAAGAUCGCGAUCGGACCGCUCUCGAGUUUCUCCUCGAACAAUGUCGUGCAGAGCCGUCUAUCCAUGCCAGUCUCCUCCGAGACACUACUACAAACACCUUUCUUCUUCGCGAUCCUAACGUAGAAGAGGCCCAUUUUGUGGUAAGAAAUAGCAGCACUAAAGAGUUGUUUGGCUUUUGUACCACAUAUUUCAAUAAGAACAGCGGUGUGGGCCAUCUCGGUGCCAUCAUCGUCGACCCUGCCCGCAGGCGUUUAUCAAUCGGACACUCGUUGCACGAUCGAGCCGUACGCGCGCUCCUGCAGAGAAAGGGCAUCCUUAAAUUCCAGUUGGGAGUGAGGUAUCCAAGUCUCUACUUGGGCAUCCCCCGUAUUGACCCAGUCGAGUCUCGAAAUCUUCGUCAAUGGUUUGCAAAACUCGGAUGGAACAUUUCACUCUCUACAUCGGUUUUCACCAUGACCCUCCAGAACCUCCCAAGCUGGUCGCCGCCCGAAGGCCUUGCUCAGUCACUGGCUAAGACGGAGGUUAAAUAUGAUUUGGUUUAUGGACAGGAGUAUGCGGACGCAAUCCUGGAUCACCUCACAAGAUCUGCUCGACUCGACGUCCAAGGACUGUACACCGCCGCGCUUGCACACAAAGACCACGCAGGCAUCAUCCGCGCAAAACUGGUCAGCGAUCAGUCAAUCUUGGCCAGCAUUCUUGUUCUGAAGCCAGGCUUCAAAGGCGCAGAGCAUAUUUCGUCCUGGACGCGUGGGACCGGUAUGUGUUGCAUUUCGUCCCCAGUCAUAUCAACCAAAUAUGGCGAUCGCGUUUCUCUUUUCAAAGGGAUUCUAUUAUUGGCAUUGAAGCACUUCAGAAAACAGUCGGCUCCAGCCAUCAUCUUGGAUUAUGCACGCGAGGAUGUGACGACCGAGGCUUUGACCGCCUUGGGCUUCAACACCGAGAUUAGUUUCGAUGAAAUUAUCAGCGAUCCCUCUCACUGGACCAUGAUGUCCCAAGGCUGA